AUGGCACCCAACAAUAAUCAGCGGAACCAAAGCAACCACGAUGACGAACGCCAGCCCCUCCUCAGUCACCAACCCACCGACGGCGGCGAAGGAGGCGACAGCCGCGACAUCGUCUCCUUCUCCGACCACGAUGGCGAGAACCCUCGACAGUGGUCGAAGUUCAAGAAGCUGACCAAUGUCUUCAUCAUCGCGCUCAUGUCCAUCAUCUCGCCGUUGGCUUCGAGCAUGUUCACUCCCGGCAUCGACCAGAUCGCAGAAGGACUGAACACGACAAGCGAGACGGUCAUCGGCUGCACCACGGGCUUCGUAGUCAUGCUGGGUCUGGGUCCGCUAAUCAUUGCGCCCUUGAGCGAAACCCUGGGCAGGAGGAUAGUAUACCUGGUAUGCUUUUCCGUCUUCGCGCUCCUACAGAUUCCGAGUGCGCUGGCGCCGAACAUCGAGACGUUGAUUGCCAUGCGCACUCUGUCUGGCUUCUUCGGUAGUGUCGGGAUCGCCAACGGAGGCGGCACGAUCUCGGAUAUGUUCCUGCCGGAGCAAAGAGCAGGUGUCUUUGGAUGGUAUCUGCUUGGACCUUUGCUCGGACCGACCUUAGGGCCUUUGUUCGGCGGCCUGAUCGUACAGCGACUCGGAUGGAGAUGGAUCUUUUGGGUCUUGACAAUCGUUUGCGUGGUAAAUACUUUAGCUGGCGUCUUCCUUCUCAGGGAGACGUAUGCACCUGUGCUGCUGAGCUGGCGCAAGCAGAAGCUCGAGAAGGAAGAGGGUGCACAGGGCAAAUACAGCUUUGAGGGCGAGGACACGAGGCCUCUGAAGUCGAAGAUUGCGCAGGCUCUUAUCAGGCCUUUCAAGAUCCUACUGCAGCCUAUCGUACUCACCAUGAGCACAUACCAAGCCCUGCUGUUUGGGACGACAUACAGUAUCUAUACCAACAUGCAGCCGAUAUAUCAAGGCGAGUACGGCUUCAAUACGGAGCAGGUUGGCCUUCUGUACCUCGGGCCUGGAUUAGGCUUCUUGUUUGCGGUAUGGUUCCUGGUACCGCGGAUCGAUACAGUAUACAAUUCUUUGGCGAGCAAGAACGGCGGCAAAGCGAAGCCUGAAUAUCGCCUCCCUCUGGCGAACAUUGGUGCUGUAUUCAUCCCAAUAUCGCUCUUCUGGUUAGCUUGGACGGUUGAGCUUCACACCCAUUGGGCUGCAUCGAUCGCCUCAACGUUCUUCUACGGCAUCGGACAGGUCAUGAUACUCAACACAACCCAGAAUUACUAUAUCGACAGCUUUGAGAAGUACGCUGCCUCCGCCAUCGCAGCAGGUGCGGUCUUCCGCAGUGUAUUCGGUGGCGUUGUGCCGCUCUUCGCCCCGGCUCUGUUCGACAAGCUAGGCUACGGUUGGGGCAUCAGCGUUUUCGGCUUCCUCUCUGUCGCAAUCGCGCCCGCUCCACUGGUAUUUUACUACUACGGACAGCGCAUUAGAGAGUGGGUCAGGAUCGAUUUGUAG